CGGGCGCGCAGGCGCGGCGGGCGGGGGGGCGCGCGGGUGUCCCCGGGCGCGGAGCAAGAACUUGGAAAGAUGUCUGUGUUCUGCACUGUGAAAUCUGAGCCCAAAGACCAUUUAAAGGAAAAUAAUUGCAGAAAACAAAUAAAGAAAAGGAGCCUGAAAGAAUACAUAGAGAUUUUGAAACAAGAAGUGUGAAACAAAUACUUCUGCUCAGGCCCCCAGCUGUGCAACAUGGUCUAAAAAUUUAUUAGACUUGUAAUACUUUGACAAAUUAUUCCAGCUGACCUAACCUUGAGACAUAAAACACAUGAUGUCAGCACAACCGUGUUUGCACCUGUCACCUGUUUCAAAGAAUUUUGUAAGAACUAACUCUGGGGAUUGCUGUAAGUACUUAGUCUAAUACUGUUAGCUUUCUUUCUAAAUGUAGUUGUAUUUCCUAUAAAAGUCUAACUCCUACUGGAAACUUCUUCAUCAUUAGGGCUUAAAAUGCCUAAUUAAUUAGGCAUUUUUAAAUAAACUUUUUUUUAAUGUGUAAAUUAUUUAUAAACAUUACUUUUUAAACACUAAUUUUAAACAUUAUUUUUAAAAUGUGUAAAUAUUUUAUAACAGUGAUUUCACAGAGCAUUGAUAGUGCAAGCUGCUCAUAGUCUUUACAGACUGAACACUCAUUUUAAAAAUAAUUCAAACAGUCUGUCAUUUUCCAAAAGCCCCUUAGUUUUGUUUCAUUAUAUUUUCAAUGUGCCCAUUUUGUGUGGUUCAGUCACCUGUAUAAAUAGCAGCUUUCUCAGAACUGAAAUGAGCAAAUAAUUACUAACAAUUUUGUAUGAGCAUUAUUUUAUUCAAAAUAGCUUUUCACAAUUUUGCUCAAAAACAUGAACCACGAGAAGAUUAAAGUACAAAUGGUAUUCAACAAAUGCUCUUACUUUGAGUAACUGUGGUUAUGCUAUUAUGCCUGCUACAUCUUAUGGAUCACUGUACUAUCUUAUCGUUUAAGAAAAUUUAUAUUGUCUCUCUUACUGCAUUCUUUCAAUGGUCCUGGUUUACUUUUUUAGUUAUGUAUUUAUUUAGUAUGUAGUCUUUAGGAAAAUAAGUUAAAUUAUACAUUCUACUUUUUUUCUGGAAGCAAUAGAAUUCUUAGUUUUUCCAGCUUCCCAGGGCUAAAUUGACAAAUGUAGGCCAGUCAGAUUGAACUCUCCAUCAUUGUUUGUUGGGAGUUUAAAAAUAAAACUAACUAAGCAAAACCAAAAAGACCCCCCCAAACGCCACAAUAAUUUUCUUCACAUUUUAAGUCACUGUUCCUCAAGAUAGAAGGUCAGUGUCAUGGGAAAUUGUCUUUGUAGUUGUGCUAGCCCAAUCUUCUUUGUCACAUAAGCUUGUACACUUGAGGUAUUUGAAAAAGAAAAUUAAAAGCUAAUGUACAACUAUAUUCAAUAGGAAAACAAUUAUAUGAGUGGAAUGAUGUAUUCUUGGUGACCUGUGUUGCUUAGAAACAAACUGCUGUUUUGUCAAUUGAUUAAAUCCUUGUCUUCGAAUGGUUUUUUACUGGAAAGUCCAUUGCCAUGCCUGACUCAGGCUCGGACAUUCCUCAAUUAACCAUGAGGUCAAGCUACUGUCUGCUUCUUUCUUUUCUUCAAUCUCACUUCAACUCAGCUAAAAUCACUCAGACACCUGUCAGUGAGGAUUUCUUACAUAAAGUUUCAUUUAUUAGUACUGAAUUUACCUGGUGCAAGUUGAUUUAGAGCACACAUGAUCACAUAGUGCAUUUCUGUUACAUUAGCCAGUGCACACAUAAGAAAAGAAAAAAAAGCAUUUUGCUUUCAUAUUAAAUUAGUUGAUAUGUGGCCAGGUAAGUAAUCUACCACCAGAAACUUACCCUGUCAGCAUGGUUUGAACAAAUUUAAACCAAAGAAGUAAUUUUAUAGGGGAUCUAUUCUAUGUGUUGUAGUACUGUAUGUUUUUGGUGAAGAGCAAGAAAUUAUCUGGCUAGAUUUACUGUCUCAGUGGGGAUUUUUUUUCUAUUAGUCACCAAAGAAUAUUUCUAGAAUCACAGCUUCCAUAUUCAGCUACAGAUCUGAUGCAUUUGUUUUCUCUUGGUUCACACUUUGUCUUAAUUAUUGUAAAAUCCUUUUCUCAAACUGAAAAACAUAGCCAUUGUCCAUAUGUAUUUAUGUAAAAUAUUGCUGCAGUGUGUAGUUUCUCACCAUCUCAUUUCUAUACCCACCUUUAAACUUGUUCCGAAAUUUCUCACUUUAGACCCCAGGUGGUCCCUCCCCUUCUAUGCUAGGAAUUAUUGCCCUCUUCUUAAAUUUUGAAGUGGUAUUAUUUUGCUUUCUUUCAUGUUGUUUCACACUUGACAGGAAUUUAUAUAAACAUUCAGUAAUUCCCUUACAUUCCAUGGCUUCCCACUGUGACUUUUGCUUCAUGUACUCACUAAUUCAAGAACUGAGUUUCAGAAGUGUUCAACCUACUUAGGGAAUGUCCUUGAAGUAAGAAAUAGUAACAAGCUUAACAGAAGUAAGAGUGUCCAUAAGAUCUUCACAGCUAUUUUUUCCCCACAAUGACCUAUAGAAAAUAGCAUUAAAUAAUAUAUUUUCAGGUGGGAUAUACCUUAAACCUGGACAUCAUAUGUGUUUCUGGAUACUGUGGUAACUGCUGUGGUGUUGUCAGGGAAACAGCCUUGUGCUCGGUAGGCAAAACCAAUGAGGAUUAAGCAAAGCUAUAAUAUAGCUAAGUCCCUGUGACCUUAGCAGGAUCAAGAUCUGUCAGUUCUUCACUUUGCAAGUGUCCCUCAAGAGUGAGGGAGAUAUGCACAAGUAAAAACAUACCUGCAGUAUGCCUGGUAUAGAUAUCAGACUUGGAGUAUUCUAAGAAGUGAAUGCAUUUCUCAGUUAGAUGGAUUAAAAGACUCCGUUUGUGUAAGUAAAAUCUUUAUAAACUAAAUGAUAGAAAAGUUUUUGUGUGAGCUUUGAAUGUGGAAGAGAUAAUUAAAUUAUGAUGAACUCUGGAGUCUCUUUUAUCUUUGUUGAAAAUUCACACAAAAAUAUACUAAUAUAAAAGUACACUAAAGUCACAGGGAUAAGAAACAAAGUUUACAGCACUCUGGGGUACAAGGUAGUUGCCAACAGUUUUCAGCAUAGUGUUCUUCUUUAGUAGUAAAUAUUGAUGCGUGUGUUACUAAAGUAAACCUUCAAUACAGACAUAUUUCAUUCCAGUUUUUUGUAUUAAAAGAAGUUAAACUUUUUCUGCUUAAGCAUUAAAUUAUUUUUGCUUUUUCUAACACAAAAUAGACUAUUACACAUUAGUUGAAUUUUUGUAAAAAAUAAGAAUUAAGGAGCAAUACAUAUGACAUCAUUUGGCAGAGUCUCUGGAGUUUAUUGUUCUUUUCUUUCUUGUAUUGCUGUGUAACAUCAAAUGUGAUUUAUUGUCUUUCUUAAUUAGCCCUAAGUUCUAAUAAUUAAUCUGCAUGUGUCAACCAUUAUAUUUUUAAGUAUCUCUUGCAUUACAUGUCCAUUAUAAAAAAAAAAAUUAAAAUCAGUGUUAGUUUAUCUUCAGACAAUGCCAGAUGAACCUUUUCCAAUACUGAUACUUGUCCCAUGUCUUGUGCUGAGAAUGGAGCAUCUGACACAAAGCAUGAAAUGAGAUGUCUGAUUAUGAUAAUGGCUUGAGUUCUAACGUUACCUUGUGAUAUGUUUUCUUUCUUUGUGCUUUUUUUUUUACCUUUAGGUUAAUCUAAACCUCUGGCCAAGGCCAGCAGAUUUUGUUAACUUUGAUUAUUCUUUCCUGCCAUCCCAGUCCUUUUUAUCAGUGCUCCUGUAUUUCACUAUUUUUUAUAUCUGAUUGUUUGAAAUAACUGGGUGGUUUUCCCAAAAUUAUUGUCUUUACCAUUUCAUCAAAGUUAUCGAAAAUUGCUGUGUAUAAGAUACCUCUUAUCAAAGCAAGUUCAGGUUUUUUGCAGCAUGUUUAAAGCAAUUAUAGAAAUCUUGAAAUUGACCUGAUUUCAUUGCUUCAUUUCUGAGACUAGCCACUUUCCUAUUAUAUUUCUAUCAGAACAUCAGGGGAAUAAAUGAACCAAGAGAACAGUGAAGACUUAGCUGCUUCUGUGAGUUCAAUAUGAUGUCAGCCUUCUUAACUAUGUAAAAUGUGCAAUAGAAAAGUUAGAGAUGAGAGCAUAUUGAAUACUUUAAAUAUUUAAUGCUUACAUAUUUAAGAACAGAACAUCAAAGUUUUUAGAGUAGAUGCAGAAGGUGACUUAAAAGACUGCAGCAUAAGUUCUGGGAGAAAAAUGCACUGUGAUGAAAAACAGAACAUUUAUUUGCAAAGUUGAAGGAUUAGGAAACGUACCUUUCUCAUUCCUAUUUCUUCUUUUAUUACUAUUUAUUACUAAUUUUUUACUUUUAGUUUUCAUGACAGGUGCAGAGUUCAAUACUUUUCUUAAUAUAUUAUCUACAUCUAAAACUUUUUCCCCUUCUUCCAUUUUUUUUCUAAUUUUUACAAGCAAAUCUGUCCUUAUUUUCUCUUGGUCUACCCUCUGUUAGACCUCACUAAUAUGAAUGACCUUGACUAAGGUAAGUAAUCAGUAAUGACUAAUUCAGAAAACAGCAAGUAGAAUCCAACUUUUUUUGUUGUUUUCUGUAAACCAACUAACUAGUUUAACAAUUUUCCUGUAAAUUACUGCAGGUUAUCUACCACCCUGCUGUUUUCUUGAAUAAUCUGCAGUCCUGAACAAUUAUGAUAGCAGCCACAGCCUCCCCAGUUGUUUUGUUUGUGGACAAAGAGGCAGAUCAGCCUUUCCUGGCUCAUGGAGUGCAUUAGGUGAAUCCAGGACAUGUCAUCCUCCUUGUGCAUGUGCUAUGCAACUGAUCCAUGAGUGCAUAACAAGUCUAAGAUAUUUCUAAAGCUGUUGAUUUACAGCAGGCCAUCUGUGCAUGGCCCACAGCCACGUGUCCAGGUGUUCCAACUUGUUUGGUAGAUAUCUGUUCUUCCAUGUGAAAUGCUGCAAAUACAGUUUUCUCAUUCUGUUUUAAAUUACUGGUGUACCUUUUGUCCACCUAUUCUAAAUACCAUGGACAUCUAAUUUGUUUGAUCAAAUCCAGACAUAAAUUCAGAAGUAAUCACUGGAAAAAAUAUUAAUGUGAAGUCAGUUUAAUUCUAUAGUAUGAAUAUGGGGGAAACCAGAACUAGACUUAAAAUACUCCAAUCAUGUCUGAUUUUUCUUCCUCUUUCAUCUUAUAUAGCUAUUGACAGUGCUGUAAAAUACAACAGCAGUUUACAAAAUCAAAAUGUUGAAAUUUGUCACAUAUGGACAACAAAACCCCAGGAAAAAAAUGAGGUUAUGGAAGACCUCACGUGUUUAGGUUGCUGUUGUCAAAAGACUGAACAGGGAACUGUAUUUUUAACUGAAAUAAAUAAAAGCAUAAUGUCCAAUCUCUAAUUUAGUCCAGUGACCUUCUCAAAUUGAAUUUUUGUGAAUUAUAUCCCCACAGAAUAUGGAAAAUUAAUUGCAUUGCUAUUACAAGAUUAUGUGUUUAUUGGAAUAGUUUAUAUUGAUUAUUUCUGCACUGCAUUGUAAUAUUUUGAAUUUGGAGCACGCUACAUUAGACAGAUAUUUAAAUCUGUAUGCUGGAUGCUUUCUUUUUCUAUGGUUUUUUUUUGUAAUUUACCUUUAGACUUCUGAUCUAUAUGUUUUAGAGUUAAAUUUCUCAUAGGGGUAACUUGCGAUAAAUCACUUUCUGAAUAGGUUUGGAUGAGUGAAACACUCAGCCUUGGAACACACUUACCCAGAUUAUGAAAUACAGAUGCCAAGGGGCAAAGCCACAACUCUGCACUUCAGCCAGGAGAUUUGGAGUCAAAGAAGGUUUCUGAAAUCAGUGGAGACUGCCUGAGAACAGACCGUGUGAGCGCUUGAUCUGAUACUUCCUCCUGAGGAGAGGCAGGCAUCAUGAAACAGAGAUUCAUUUCAUCAGUUCAGAUUAUUUUGCAGCUUGCUCUGACUACCGUAGGUCUGACUGGUCAAUCGUACCCUGGAAAACCUCAGAUAAUAAGAUGUCGUUCUCUAGAAAAGGAAACCUUUUCAUGUUGGUGGAAGCCUGGCUCAGAUGGUGGACUACCUAACAAUUACACCCUGUUCUACAGCAAGGACAGUGAAGAAAAAAUCUAUGAGUGUCCAGACUACCUAACAUCAGGCCCAAAUUCCUGCUACUUUGAUAAAAACCACACUAAUCCCUGGACAACAUAUAUUAUCACCGUAAUGGCAACAAAUGAGAUUGGAAGUAACAGUUCAGAUCCUCAGCAUGUGGAUGUAACUUCUAUAGUUCAGCCAGAUGCUCCUGUGAACCUCUCUCUAGAAACAAACACAUCUGCUAACCUGUCAUACCUUUGGGUAAAAUGGUCUCCACCCCCAUUAGCUGAUGCCAGCUCUAAUUCACAUGUGUAUCACUAUGAGCUACGACUAAAGGAAGAGGAAAAGGAAGAGUGGGAGACAGUAUCUGUAGGAAUGCAGACACACUAUGAGGUGAGCAGCCCGAAAGCUGGGGUGAAGUACGUUGUUCAGGUGCGUUGCAUGCUAGACCUCGGAGAAUGGAGCGAGUGGAGCUCAGAAAGAAGCAUUCAGAUCCCCAAAGAACGGUUACCUCCUGAAAAGCCUAUAAUAAUAAAGUGCCGUUCUCCUGAAAAAGAAACAUUUACUUGUUGGUGGAAACCUGCUUCAGAUGGAGGACUCUUGACCAAACACACUUUGCUUUACAGCAAAGAGGGAGAAGAAAAAGUUUAUGAAUGUCCAGAUUACAAAACUGCAGGCCCCAAUUCGUGCUACUUCGAUAAAAAGCACACCUCUUUCUGGACCAUAUACAAUAUUACUGUGAGGGCAACUAAUGAAAUGGGAAGUAAUGUCUCUGAUCCUCAUUAUGUGGAUGUGACUUACAUAGUACAGCCAGAUCCUCCUGUGAAUAUAACUUUGGAAUUAAAAAAGUCAAUAAAGAGAAAACCAUAUCUGGUACUGACAUGGUCUCCACCCCCACUGGCUGAUGUCAGAUCUGGAUGGCUUACCCUUGAAUAUGAAUUGCGACUAAAGCCUGAAGAAGGAGAGGAAUGGGAGACUAUUUUUGUUGGACAGCAAACACAAUACAAAAUGUUUAGUUUAAAUCCUGGAAAGAGGUACAUUGUACAGAUUCAUUGCAAACCAGACCACCAUGGACUGUGGAGUGAGUGGAGUCCAGAAAUGUACAUUGAGAUCCCAACUGACUUUAGAGUAAAAGAUAUGGUUGUGUGGAUCAUCGUUGGUGUCCUGUCAUCUCUUAUAUGCUUAAUCAUGAGCUGGAUAAUGAUUAUGAAAGGGUACAGAAUGAUGGCCUUCAUCCUGCCACCAGUUCCAGGACCAAAGAUAAAAGGCAUAGAUACACAUCUGUUGGAGACAGGAAAAUCUGAAGAAUUACUGAGUGCUCUUGGUUGCCAUGGUUUCCCUCCAACAUCAGACUGCGAGGAACUACUGAUAGAAUAUCUGGAGGUAGAGGACAGUGAGGAUCAGCAACUCAUGCCAAGUCAUGACACUCCCAGUAAAAAUACAAAAAUUAUACUCAAGGAAACAGACAGUGACUCAGGCCGAGGGAGCUGUGAUAGCCCAUCUCUCCUCCCUGUGAAGUUCAAGGAAUCCCACAGCCUUCCAUCUACUCUUCAAACACAAGAUGUAAGAGCUAAAGAAAAGAAAGGGGGGAAAGGGAGCUGGGACACUCAGUGUAUAGCCUCAGCCUCAGAACAGAAAACAAUCCCUUGUGAGAGUAUAAAGUCAUGCACAUGGCUGGCAACUCAAUUACCCAGUAAUCAGGCUGCUAUGUUUGCCUACCACAGCACUGUGGAGGCAUUCAAGAUAACACUGAACACCACAAAUGUGAACACUUCACCAGUUUUGGUGGGAAAUGAAGAAAAUCGUCAGGCACUAUAUCCUAUUGCUGAAACUGUGUAUGAUGACCUGGAAAAGAUAAGUGAGAUGGAGUAUUCCAAAACUGACCAAACCAUAGCACAGGUCAAACAAAACGAACAUAGUAACAAGUCACCUUUCCUGCAUCCUAAACUAAUGGACUAUGUAGAAGUUCAUAAAGUCAGACAAGAUGAGGAACCAACACUAUUACUGAAACAUAAAGAAAACAGUGGAAAGACCAAAAAAUGCACUGUUCCAGGAACCAGCAAAGAAUAUACCAAGGUCUCAACAGUUGUGGACCAUCACAUUUUAGUAUUGUUGCCAGAUCAGCGCAGCCAGAACACACCUGUAUCUCAAGAACCUGUAACAGAAACAUCUCAGAACCCUCAGCAAAGUCAAGCUGAGAAGAAUACGAGCUACAGCACGACAACUCCAAGUGACUCCAGAAGAGACACCAAUGGAUCAGACUACAUGGAUCCAUCUUCCUUUAUGCCCUCCUUUAAAUAGCCUUUUAGUACAGCACAUAUUUAGUAAUUACACACAGUAAAAAGAAAUCACAUAGCAGGCAGUUCUUUAGAAAAGCCUAGCCUCCAAAAGCCUAGCCUCCUAUGUGCAUUUUACAGGUAAUAAAAUAAUCUGUGAGUCGAGGUAAUAGUCGUGGACAUAAACCUUGAAACAUUAGCACACAUUUCUGACAAAAUGAAAUGAGGAAAUGGAUCUUGUCUGUCAUGAAAAAUGCACUGUAAAAUAAUUAUUCAGUUCUGCAAAACUUCUGUUGGUUGAUGAAACCUGAGGAAAUACCACAGAUUCAACAAAGAUGAAAAUUAUUAUGGGUCAGUCAGCAAACCAUAGCAAUCUGAGCAGUUCCUACAUUAGAUAAAUCAUUGCACAACUGUAUUCUUACCUACAAUGUGUUUUCUUCUGAAUGCAUUCUGACACUGCAUUAAGUUUUCUUUAUCUUUUUUCUCAAUCCUUGAGAAAAAGGAGCUCUUGUACAUGACAAAUCAUAUAUAAAAGUGAAUAUAUUCUCCAAAUGGCAGUAAAAUAACAAAUUCUUCUAAAUAUAUUUUUGCUUUGUUUCAAUGUGACAGAAAACUGCAUCCCAUUCAUAUCCUAGUCCAGACAAACCAAAAUUAAAAAGAAAGCGGGAUAAUAUAUAAUAUACUGCCUUACUGUAUAUAAUAUACAAUUUUACUUUAAUAUAAGCCCAAAUGUUUAACUAUGUAUUUUUAAAGGCUAUUUUUCUAUUACCAAAAAAAGAGCAAAAUAAAGUAUUUUUUAAUUUCCCAAUGCUAUUUAGCUGCCUAGGAACUUUUCUCUUUCCUUCUGCUGAGGCAGUAACAAGUAAUGCUAUAAUUUCUAUACAAUGCAUAAAAUUAAACUUUAUACUAAUUAAGAAUAUGGAGACAUUUUUAAACUAUAUUUCUAAUAUAUUACAGAUAUAUUACUAUUUGAAUUGUAAAUUAUUUGUUUCACAGGUUUUUUUAUUACCUGUAAUUAUAUAAUUAAACUAGAGUUUAGGUUUUGA